AAAGGAUAUUCUAAAGAGAAACCUUAAGAAUAUUCUUUUUCUAUCAACUUAUUAUAACUGCUUUCACCCUUUCUAUCUUCUUCAUUUCCACUUUCCCUCAAUUUUCUCACUGAAAUAAUAUUAUUCCCGGAAAAAAACAACCAGAGAAAAAGCAUGAAGUUCGGUAAGAGCCUCAGCAACCAGAUCGAGCAGACACUGCCUGAAUGGCGAGACAAAUUCUUGUCUUACAAGGACCUCAAGAAGCGACUCAAGCUCAUCGGCUCCAAAACCGGAGAUCGUCCCGUCAAACGUCUCCGACUCGACUCCUCUUUCGUCUCCGGCGACGAGUAUUCCGUCGGAAUGUCGAAAGAAGAGAUCAGCUUCAUCCAAUUGCUAGAGGACGAGCUGGAGAAAUUCAACAAUUUCUUCGUCGAGAAGGAGGAAGAGUACAUCAUCAGAUUGAAGGAAUUGCGAGAUAGGAUCACAAAGGCUAAGGAUUCAAAGGAGAAGAUGAUGAGUAUAAGGAAGGAGAUUGUUGAUUUCCAUGGAGAGAUGGUUCUUCUGGAGAAUUAUAGUGCUCUUAAUUACACAGGAUUGGUUAAGAUACUGAAGAAGUAUGACAAAAGAACUGGUGAUCUCAUGCGCUUACCUUACAUACAGAAAGUUCUUCAGCAACCCUUUUACACUACAGACUUACUGUACAAGCUCAUCAAGGAAUCUGAGGCAAUGCUUGAUCGGUUCUUCCCAGCUACACAUGAAUCUGAGGAUAUCCAAGCAGAGCUCUCUGAGCACAAGUUCGUGGAGGGACUCCACAUGAAGAGCACGAUCGCUGCUCUUCGUGUUUUGAAGGAGAUCAGGAGCGGAAGCUCCACCGUGAGCGUGUUUUCGUUGCCGCCGCUUCAGUUAAACGGGUUAGACGAGACAUGGAAGAAGAUUCCGUUGUUGGAGCAAGAAGCCAAAUAGAGAAAAAAGAGGACGCACUCUCUUUACCACGUCUUUUACAGGUAGAAGCUAACAGGUUGAAACCAGACUUUUAUCAAUGUACACAAAAGAAACGUUUAGGGUCUUUUCUGUGACAUCUUUGGUCGGUCUUUGGGUCCUUUGUGUUACAAACUGCAAUGUUGUAACUCUGUUUCUGUGUUGGGUGUAGUAGUAAUUGAUAUGGUAUACCACUUCAGAUUUGUUACUUCAUUGCUUUCUUCUUUUCCAAAGCCAUUUUGCUUGUACUUGAGCCAAAAAAUUACUACCAUGCAUUUGAUUUAAUAAAGUGAUUUCUUGAGUAACAAAGAAA